AUGCUGGUACCUAGGAGAACAAUCAAAGGAAAUUCCACCUUGGUGACUGAGUUUAUUCUCUUGGGAUUGACGGAUCACCCGGAGCUUCAGCCUGUUCUCUUUGUGCUGUUCCUGGUGAUCUACUUGAUCACCGUUGGGGGGAACCUUGGGAUGAUGGUCCUGAUCCGAGUGGAUCCCCGCCUACACACUCCCAUGUACUUCUUUCUUGCCAGCUUGUCCUGCUUGGAUCUGUGCUAUUCCACCAAUGUCACCCCCAAGAUGCUGGUGAACUUCUUAGCAGAGAAGAAAACCAUUUCCUAUUCUGCCUGCUUAGUGCAGUGCUAUUUUUUCAUUGCCAUGGUGAUCACUGAAUAUUAUAUGCUAGCCGUGAUGGCCUAUGAUAGGUACGUGGCCAUCUGCAACCCUUUGCUUUACGGCAGCAAGAUGUCCAAAGGAGUGUGUGCGCGCCUGAUCGCUGGUCCCUACGUCUAUGGGUUCCUCAGUGGCCUGAUGGAGACCAUGUGGACCUAUCGCUUGACCUUCUGUGGCUCCAACGUCAUUAACCACUUCUACUGUGCUGACCCACCCCUCAUCCGCCUCUCCUGCUCAGACACCUUCAUUAAGGAAACGUCUAUGUUUGUGGUAGCAGGGUUUAACCUUUCCACCUCCCUCCUCAUCAUUCUCGUCUCCUAUCUGUUCAUCCUCACUGCCAUCUUGAGGAUGCGCUCUGCCGAGGGCAGGCGCAAAGCUUUCUCCACCUGCGGGUCCCACCUGGCGGCAGUGACCGUGUUUUACGGGACCCUGUUCUGCAUGUACGUGAGGCCUCCCACGGACAAGUCCGUGGAGCAGUCCAAGGUCAUUGCUGUCUUCUACACGUUCGUCAGCCCUAUGCUGAACCCCAUCAUCUAUAGUCUAAGGAACAAGGAUGUGAAACAAGCUUUUCGAAAACUGAUCAGAAGAAAUGCGCUUUCCAAAUAA